GUGUUUUUAGCCGUCUUCUUGAGAGCUGUUUCCAUCGCACAAACUGGGAGCUUGAAGAUGCAACGCGAAUCGAUCAAGGCCAAGGGCACGCUCAAGAAGGGCACGCGCGGCCGCGUGGCCCACGCCGACUCGGUGCGCAAGUCCAAACAGUCGGCGCUGAACAAGCGGCGCCGCCUGCCCAGCCACGACAUGGAGGACGUCAACGACCUCGAGUUCCAGUCACUGCUCCUUGAACUCACGUCCGAGGACGAGGGCCGCGUCCUCUCGGCGCUGCAAGGCCUCAAGACUGCCAUUUCUGUCUUCAACGCCGAGCGCAUGGACAAGGUCGCCGAGUCGGGCGUCAUUCCGAUUCUUUUGCAGCUGCUCGAGCGGCCGUCGUCGACGACCGUCGAGCUCAUCCAAGUGCUAUGGUGCCUCACGCACAUCACGUCGGGGCUCUACGAACACACCAAGUGCGUCUUGCCGGCGGUGCCCACGCUGCUCAACUUUCUGGCGAACACCGAGCUGGCCGAGCACGCGGCGUGGACGCUCGGCAACAUUGCGGCCGACUGCGAAGAGUUUCGCUUGCACUUGAUUCGCCAAGGCGCGGUCGCGCCGCUUGUGCAGCACCUGCGCCACGGCCCGCACGACCACGAGAUGGUCAAAGUGUGUCUCUGGGCGCUCUCCAACAUGGCGCGGGGCACGCAGACGCCUGCGAAAGCGUUUUUCGACCACGACAUUGGCCCGAUCCUCCUCGAGCUCCUCCAUGCGCGUGACAACAUGGAAGUGACGCAGGAGCUGCUCUGGGUGCUCAGCUUCCUCACGGCCAAAGAAGACAAGGCGCUGCAGUGGCUUCUCGAGCAUGGCCUCGCAACCGGCGUCGUCGCGUACUUUGAGACGACGGACGAGCUCGUGCUCACGCCGCUUCUGCGCGUCAUCGGCAACAUUGUGUGCAUCGCCGCCGACCACCAUGCCGACAGCUGGCAGCUGCCGCACGUGCACGCGCUCGUCGCGGAGCCCCGGUUCCUCUACUUUCUCCGGCGCGUGCUUCAAACGUGCACCGACUCGCACGUCGUGGCCGAGGCGGCGUGGGUGCUGGCCAACGUCGCCGGCCAGAGCGAAGCCAACGUGCGUCUUGUGCUCGAGUACGACCUUCUCUCUCCGCUCGUACACGCUUUUCUCAGCGGCACCUACGACGUGCGCAAGGAGGCGAGCUUUGCACUCGCCAACAUUGGCCGCGCCUCGGCGGCCGACCUCGACCGCGUCCUCGCAUUUGACCAUGUUCUGGAGACGUACGUUGGUCUUCUGUCGGUCGCUGACGUGACUGUGGUCGGCAAUGCCCUUCAUUUUCUGCACCAUGUUCUGGCCCACGUACCCCGCAGCGUCUACUUGAUCGAAGAGGUCGGCGGUAUCGAUGGCCUCGAGUACAUCCAGGAGCACGAUCACGGAGAGAACGGGCGCCUCGCCGCCUACUUGGUGGACACGUUUUACGGCGACGAGUACGCUCCACUCGAGGCGUCGUCGCCGCCGCCCGUAGCGUUUACGCCGCCGACGGCUGGGAUCGGCCGCGGCGCGCACAUGACCAAGCCGGCCUGGGCGUCGUCGUAGACGAUGGUGAUGCAACAUGUCUUGCAGCUUUGUAUUAAAUAAUGAGAGACGACAACAGCAACUCC